CCAGGCUGCGACACAGUUCAAGAACAGCCUGGCCAAACUGAUGGAGAUCCUGAUGUCAAAGGACCCGUCGUACGUCCGUUGCAUCAAACCCAACGAUGCCAAGCAAGCAGGCAGGUUCGAUGAGGUGCUGAUCAGGCACCAGGUGAAGUACCUCGGGCUGAUGGAGAAUCUUCGAGUGCGCAGAGCCGGGUUUGCUUAUCGACGGAGGUUUGAGAUAUUCCUGCAGAGGUACAAGACGCUCUGUCCUCAAACAUGGCCCAAUUGGAAAGGCCAGCCUGGCGAAGGGGUCGCGACGCUCGUUCAACACCUGGGAUACAAGCCCGAGGAUUACAAGCUGGGCAGGACGAAGAUUUUCAUUCGUUUUCCCAAGACCCUGUUUGCCACAGAAGAUGCCUUUCAGCUGCGGAAGAACACAAUCGCCACGACGAUCCAGGCGGAAUGGCGGGGAUACCACCAGAGACAGAAGUACCAGAAGCUGCGCUCCUCAGCAAUCACCAUCCAGUCGUGGUGGAGGGGAGAGAUGGGGCGGAAGGUGGCAACUCGCAGGAAGAACGCCGCUGAAAAAAUCCGCAGGUUCAUCAAAGGCUUCAUCCACCGACAAAGGCCUCGUUGUCCGGACAACGAGUAUUUUGUGGACUAUGUCAGGUGCGCCUUCCUGAUGAAGUUGAAACGCAAUUUGCCAAAGAAUGUCCUGGACAAGUCGUGGCCGGUGCCUCCACCUGCACUCUCUGAGGCGUCCGAACUGCUGAGGGAGCUGCACAUGCGCAACAUGGUGCAAAUCUACUGCAGGAGGAUCUCCGCCGAGUGGAAGCAGCAGCUGGAGCAGAAGGUGGUGGCCAGCACGCUGUUCAAAGACAAGAAGGACAACUACCCGCAGAGUGUGCCCAAACUCUUUGUCAACUCCCGCAUCAUGACGAACGAGAUCAACGCCAAGGUGCUGCAGAUAAUUGAGGGCGACAGUAUCAAGUACGCGGUGGCGGUGACCAAAUACGACCGGAACGGCUACCGGGCCCGACCACGGCAGCUCCUCAUCACCCCCUCCAGUGCCUUCCUGGUGGAGGAGGCCAAAGUCAAACAGACCAUCGACUACACCAACCUCAGAGGAAUCUCGGUCAGCUCCCUGAGUGACGGUCUCUUCGUCUUGCAUGUGCCCUGUGAAGACAACCGGCAGAAGGGCGACCUGGUGUUGCGCAGUGACCACGUGAUCGAGACACUGACAAAACUGGCCAUUGAGUCGGACAAGGUGAACAGCGUCAACAUCAACCAGGGGAGCAUUAAGUUCACCAUCAAACAAGGCAAGGAGGGAAUCAUCGAUUUCACAUCGGGGUCGGAGCUGAUCAUUUCAAAAGCAAAGAACGGCCACCUGUCUGUGGUGGCCCCCCGGCUGAACUCGAGAUGACGAGUGAGGGGUGAGGGCAGCGAUGGCCAGCUCGCUCGCACACACACACGCGGUGAUCGGCUGCUCUCCGCCGCAGCAGCCCACGGUUUAUCGGUGAGACAUCCGAGUCGUUGGUCUUCGCCGCAACCCUCCACCCACUGUGCUCCCUCCACGGCUGCCAAAGUCAGAGCUUCCAGCUGGGGACGCCCGUUCCCAGGGCAUACAUUAAUCAUGCAAAGUAAAUCUAAUGGACGUUUAUAUUAAAAGAUAUUUGCCAUUA